AUAGCUUAAGAAUUCGUAGCCUAACCUAAAAUAUAGCGUUGUUUUGCACAAAACAAUUCUUUCUGCGUUGCAAUAAAUUUAGCUUGUUUUUUACGCAAAAUUAUACAAAAUGAAUGCGCCUCCGACAUUCGAAUCGUUCUUGCUUUACGAGGGAGAAAGAAAAAUAUUGAGGGAACAAGACACAAAAGUUACCAAUGCAGCUAUUUUCACUGUGAAUAAAGAAGAUCACACUUUGGGAAACAUGAUCAGAAAUCAACUUUUAAAAGACCCAAAUGCUUUUGCUGGCUACAAGGUGCCUCAUCCAUUGGAACACAAAUUUGUGAUCAGAAUUCAGACCACUUCUGAUUAUUCUCCACAUGAAGCAUUGAACAAUGCCAUUACUGAUCUGAUUUCAGAGUUGUCACUUUUCCAAGAACGUUUUAGUGAGGCCAUUAAAGAAAAGAAGGAAGGAUUGGACUAAAUGUAGUUAUAGUUUUAAUAAAUCAUGGAAAAUGUAUCUUAAUUAACUAAAAAAUAAAAUUUAGGAAUUAAAA